UCAAAGCAGAAGAGGAAAUCUGGGAAAUUUACAUCGUUUAUUCAGUUACCAUCUGUCCGUUUGAACGUUUGUGGAACGCCCUUAGCAAUCAAGCUAUUUUCACUUGCCAGUCAUUGGAUUAAGAAAACGCAAAACAGACGAUUCCAGGAUGGGCUCAUGGACGCCAGCCAUCUGCAAUGCCAGUCAAGUGAUUUUUGCUCCUCAAAUUGUGAUGCCUAUAAAUGUGGCUUCAUUCGAUGCUAUCUUAGGGGGUGGGUUUCACUUUUCUCAAGUCUAUGAGCUAUAUGGCAGGUCAGGGGUGGGCAAAACGCAAUUGGCUCUAACUUUGGCCACGCAAGCCAUUUUAUCGGAGCGUGAGAACUGUAACGUGGUCUACUUGGAUUCUGAAUGUGACUUUAGAGUGGAGCGGCUUGCUGAAAUCAUCCAAUCUCAAAAGGAAUGGUCGGGGAGAUGUUACAAUCGUGCUGUAUUGUAUCAUGAAGCCUUUCGGUACAAGAAACUCUUCAGCCUGAUCGAGUUACAAUCGGUAUUAGAAAAUAUUGUUCGAGCGGAGAGAGCCGAGAUUGGUGUUUUGAUUAUUGACAGUAUAGCUCCUCUAGUUCUUCCUCUGAUGGCCAAAUCUCGAAAUUUGGGAGAAAUUUUUGGACUGGUGGGCAUAAUCGGUGGAUUGCUCCGAAAGAUUGCCAUUCAGCACACUGCCUGUGUCUUAGUCCUAAAUCAUACGACGUGGAAAACCCAAACGCGAUGCCACCACCCGUCUUUGGGAAGAAUGUUCAGCAAUUGCGCCAGCGUAAGAUUGUACAUGGACAAACAAAGUGACGAGUCGACCAAUUGUUUUAGGACAAUCACGCUGGAUAAAGGAGCAUGUCGAGACUUGAACAGAAAAUGUAUAGUGCGUUUAAACGAUGAAGGUUUAAGUUAACAUGCUUUUGUUGAGCAAGAGAUAAACUAUAGAUUGAAAUCGAAGUCAAUAAAUGAACAAUAGAUAUAUCCAACACUUUCUAUGUGCUGAAAUGGAACUGUUCGCUCUCUUCUUUUUCAG